AUGUUUCCCGCAGCGAGAGCACGUUUGUUCUCAGGUUUGACGAAAUUGCCCAGUUGUACUUAUUCAAGGGCAAUAAAAGUGACACCAGCUCUCUGCAGACAUCAGCAUCGGACCUUCAGCUCUGAAUCUGCAGGUGUCAAGGUAAGCAUAUCCUUAUCUUUUAAUUGUACAAUAUAAUGUGUUCAUAUUGUGGAUUUGUUUACGACCUGUCAAAGAUUUUACUUGAUGAAGAGCUACCACUCCAUCGCUGUCAUGUGAAACAGAUAUUUAAAGGGACAGUGCCUUUUUGUUUUUGCUUCAAGGCAGAGCCGGCCCAAACCUCAAUGGGGCCCUGAGCAAAAUUUGAUUUUGGGGCCAUUCACACAUCACAAAUCUCUUAGCCAAGCACUUAUAGCCAAUCAGAGGCGAUAAGAUAAGCACAUGAAACUAUGGUAACAACCAUUAGCUUACGUUAGCACAGAUGAAAGUUAAAACAAAGACAUUUCAAACUGUUAAAGCACACAAACCAUCGACAUAUGAGAAAUCCGACGCUAUGACUGUCCACAUGUUGUCCUUCAGGUCGUUAUCUUUGUAAUGUUUGUGUCUUUUAUCAAAAAGCACUCUGUUCUCCGACACAUAAACAAUUAGCUGGUCGGCCAUGUUGGAUAUACCGGUGAAUCUGACAUCACAACAACACACAAUCUGAUUGGUCAUAAGUGGAUACAUAGUAUGCAAAACUUUAGAAAAAUCGACCAAGAUCUGAAAAAAUAAAUGCAGCAAUAUCGCAGGACGGGAAAACAUCACUAAUGUGAAUGCUUGUAUUGACAGGAUACGGGUUUGAAAAAAUUAUUGACGUCCGAAAUAAUCGCAUGACAAAAACAGUGUGAAGGACCUUACAUCAGCAGCAGCACUAAAAUGUUUUUACUUUAUUUUAUCUUAUUUUUACAAUAUUCUAUAUUUAAUCAUACAGAAAGCAUCACUCAUACAUGCAAAAAAUAUUUGAUUUAAAUUUUUUUUUUUUUAUUUCUCUUGGUGGCUCCCUAUUGGCCGCCAGGCCCUAAGCUCUGCUGGGCCGGCUCUGCUUCCAGGAUGCUGUCUCUAUUGAAUCACUGACUUGCCUGUUGACUUGUGUAAACGUCACGCAUUGAUAAUCCUCGCAGAUAGCUAGUUAGCUGUGAGCCAAGUGGUAAUUGAACACUUGCUUAAAAAUAACCUGAAUCCCGGUGGUUGAACAAGUUCCCCCGGUUUCUCUAAAUUUAACUCAAACGUAAAAGCUGUAAAGAUAAUGAUACAAAAAUUUGAGAAAUGCUUAAAACUGUUCAUAUAACUUGAUGCUGAAAAAUAUAAGCUGUUAAAAAGUAUUCGCUUAGUCAAAGUUAUAUUAGUCGACUAAAUGUAUGACUUAUACUUGAUAGAAAGUUUGAAAAGUAGGCAUGUGUGAAGUAAUAUUUCUUUUUAAAUUUUGUUUCUUUGUGGAUUGAGACACACCACUCAGAGAUUACAACUUUUUCCUGAAGUUACAGGAUUUUAGAGAGCAAGAGUUAUAGUUUACUUACUUUUUCAUUCGUUUACGUGUUGCGUGUAGUAUUGUCAUGUCCCUGGCAUUGUGGCGCUGCUCAGAAACGAACGUGGUUUUCCAUUUUGAAGAAGAACUGAAACAGAUAGUCCCUUGUGCAGCGAAUGGUUGUGGUCUCCUUGUCAAUAUUAGUUCAGAGGGUUUUUUUCACUCCUUAAUCUCUGCCAUCAGUCAGCUUACUCCCGUGCACCUAAAUGAGUGAGUGGGUGUGUGCUCUGUUUCAGGUGCUGUAUGAUGGGCUAUGUCCCAUUUGUGUGACAGAGAUCAGGUUCCUCCAGUUUCUGCAGAGAGGCAAGCCAGGGAAAGUUGAUUUUAUCGACAUCUCCCUGCCGGGCUAUGAUGGAGAGAACUACAAGGGUGUCAGCUAUGAGAUGGCCAUGGAGGAAAUGCAUGUGAUUGACGAGAAGCAGGAGGUAAAUUAUACUUAAAUCACUCAGCUUGGACUGUAAUAUACUUAAAGUCAAGCUGUCUACAGGCUACAGCUAACUGUGCAUGUAUUUUGGCAGGUACACCGCGGGGUCCCGGCUUUUGCAGUCAUGUACGGCGCAGUGGGGCUCGGCUGGUUGGGCCGCUUCAUGAUGUGGCCUCCCGUGAGACCGUUUAUGGACGAAUCGUACGCUAUCUUUGCCAGGAAUCGCUUAAAGUGGACUGGACGUGGGGACGAGUGCACAACAGGACGCUGUGAAAAGAAAACACAGUGA